UUGGGGAGAAUAUUGUGGAAUUACAAAGGUAAUGGCGCCCAAAAUGCCAUGUGCGCUACAAUGGCCUUGAAUCGUUUCAGAUAUCCUCAUUUUACGAGGACGCUAACUGACUUUGCGCUUUUAAAAUACCGUUCUAAACAUGAAGGCAGCGCAAGGUGCUUGCACGCUUGUUCCUCGCCUACAAUGUCUCUCAUACCUAUAGUACUAGACAAAACCACACACGGCGAGCGAGCUUUCGACAUAUACUCACGAUUAUUAAAAGAUCGUAUCAUUUGUCUUAUGGGACCAAUCAAUGAUGAGAUAGCCGGCCUAGUUGUCGCACAGCUUUUAUAUCUUCAGUCUGAAGACAAGAAGGUCCCUAUUCACAUUUACAUUAACAGUCCAGGAGGGGUUGUUACUGCUGGCCUGGCGAUAUACGACACUAUGCAGUUUAUAAAGCCUCCAGUUGCAACUUGGUGUGUAGGUCAGGCUAGCAGUAUGGGUUCUUUGUUGCUAGCUGCUGGUGCUCCCGGUUUACGGUUCGCUCUCCCGCACUCACGAAUAAUGGUACAUCAGCCAUCCGGUUCUGCCCAUGGUGAGUUUGUUUACGGAGCUAAACUUCUUCAGGCCAGGCUUCUGAUAUAAAAAUUCAAGCUGAGGAGAUUUUAAAAAUGCGUAAGAUUCUUAAUGCUAUCUACGGGCGGCAUACAAAGCAAUCGCAAGAGGUGAUCGAGAAGUGGAUGGAUCGUGACUAUUUUAUGACAGCAGACGAAGCUGUUUCUUGUGGAAUUGUUGAUACAGUCUUACACGAAGCUCCUGCGGAUCAGUCAAAAGAACUUGAACAUUCUAAGUCACUGGGCUAAUUACUGAAGCAGUAAAUUCAAGCCGGAAGUGAACAUGAAUUUUAUCACAACUAUUAUUUUGUAUAUAUUGCAAUCCACACAGUGUAAACAGAGUAUUUCUCAGGGAAACAGUAUUCCAGAAAUAUAUACCUCUGUUCUAAAUUUAGUCGUGUUCUGUUUCUCUUGCAUGUGACUUGAUUUUUGUGUAAGAUCAUGCAUCAUUUACCAAUUUUUGUUAUGCAUCUUUGUGUGACUCCUUGACUGUUGGUUGAUUAUUUGUUUGCCAUAGUUUAUCGCUCAUUUGUAAUAAUAUAUUUAUCAGGGCUCCACAGCAGAAUAAUCCAACUAGUAUGUUUUUGGAGUGUACAUAUUUUUGGAAAAAAACGUUUUCAUUAGUCAGUUAAUUUACAAUUACUGAUACUUAUCGAUGAGUAGUUUAAUGUGUGUGACCUGUUUCUGUUAGCAAUAUAUGUUGGUUUUCUCACAUUCCGCAAGUUUAUUUACCAACUUUGAGUGUUAAUAAAUCCGUUUAGUACCUGCCCAAAAUGUUAGUAAUAGUUGAUUGACGUGUGGACAUGAGUACAGCUAUUUCCUGGUAUUACUGCUAUUUGUACUGUGAAUGUACAUUUCUCUCUUGUUACUUAGGUUUACACAGAUGCUAGGUUUUUCUGUCAUUCAUGUAGUUAAACCUAUUUUUUCCAACUGUAAGUUUUAUUUGGCGUUGUAUUUGCACUUUUGUGGCUCAAGGUGAGCAUGCAGUAAGCGUAUGUAUGCAUGCCAUACAUAAAGCAUAUUUACUCUCAUUAUUAGUAAGUAGUUCGAUGCUUAUAGUAUUACUGUAUAUAGCAUCGUUAGUGUCUCAUCUUAUCUGCCCUGCACUAAAAGUUUUCAAAGAGUGAUGCGACUUUUUAAGUGUAGACAUGAUUUGUAUCUUCGAAUGUUAAUUUGGCCCUCAGUUGAGUAAAGCUGAUGUAAUAAACGGUGUAAUCCUUUGGAUCAACCAGUAUUGGCUAAAGAGGUAUGCUGAAAUAAAAGUCGUGAAAUUCAGAUCGUUGUGCUAUGUGAAGUCGGUUACUUAAGAAGUACAGGCUAAAACCACGACCACAAUCAGGUAGUCUACAAAGCCCAGGAACUCCUAG